GUUUCACGGAUUAACUACAUCGCCCUUUAGGUCGUUCUUACCGCCCAAACCCAGAGGGAGGCCCGACGACGGGGAGGACACCCGCGAUUAACAUGAACAUUUUUUAAAAAGAAUAUGGGUCGGUUAUACAUCUGAGAACUAUGAAGCAAAUUGCGGUUGUGAUGAUUCUCCUCAACAUCAGCUACGGUCAUUUCUCGCGCUCGCAAUCGGUUGACAUCGACGAACCGCACACGUACACACCACCGAGACACUACUUCCAGACGUCGUCCUUCGACGAGGCGGAGCUGGAGGCCGACGACGUGGCGAAAAACCCGCUCGACCGGGGCCCGUACUUCGACAUCUCGGCCUCGCGCAACGUCACGGCGCUCGUCGGCAACACGGCCUACCUGAACUGUCGCGUGCGAAAUCUCGGCAACCGCACGGUCUCGUGGAUCCGGCACCGGGAUCUGCACCUGCUGACGGUGGGAAAGGCCACCUACACCUCCGACCAGCGCUACCAGAGCGUGCACAAUCCCCAGCUGGACGACUGGUCGCUGAAGGUCCUCUACCCGCAGCAGCGAGAUUCCGGUGUGUACGAGUGUCAGAUCUCCACGACGCCCCCGGUCGGCUACUCGAUGACGCUGUCGGUCGUCGAACCCAUCACGACCGUUGUCGGCGGGCCGGACUUGUACAUCGACACUGGGUCGACGGUGAACCUUACCUGCAUAGUGAAGCAUCUGCCCGAGCCGCCGCCAGUGAUUCAGUGGACGCACAACGGAGAGGAAAUCAACUACGAUUCGCCACGCGGCGGCGUGUCGGUGAUCACGGAGAAGGGUGACAUCACCACGUCCUACCUGCUGAUCCAGCGGGCCCGGUCCUCCGACUCCGGCAAGUACACGUGCCUACCGUCGACGGCCAACCCGAUGACGGUUCACGUUCAUGUGCUUAAUGGCGAGCAUCCUGCGGCGAUACAAGGUGCCAAGGGGUUGCGGAGUAACAACAUUCUGCCAUUCGUGCUGCUGCUGCUGGUGUUGGGAUUACGGACCUUUCCGGUGAGAUAAGAUACGUACCGGUAGUUGCACAACGGAAUCUCCUGCGUUGCCAUUGAUUUUAUAGGGAUCGGGUUUUACCUCCGUCUCUGAUGUGGGGCAGUUGU